AUGGCAAAUUAUACCGAUAAACCAUCCUCUGUUCGAGUUACCAAAUAUUCGGCACCUCAUUCGGUCAUCCCAUCUCGAUACAUCGAACCAUGGCGUCGCGACAUUGUCAAUCGCGAGAUAAUUAUCAAUAAUGCUCAUCAUGGAAAUAUUCCUCAUUAUGAACACGAUGACGCACUAUAUUUCAAUAAACGUGAACAGAUGAAUUAUAACGUAGAGCCGCGCGAACGAGUUGAUAAGAAGUACACUUUACCUUCUCGAGCUGAACAACUUGAACCACGCUUUUAUGAAAUAUAUGAUCGUCAUCGUUCAGCAUUGUUUAGUCGUUAUGACCCAGCGAAGCGAUAUCAAAAGAAGUGA